AUGGUGAUGCUGAGGAGAAUGAUGACUAUGAUGAUGAUGAGUAUGAAGAGGAGGAUAACCAUGAGGAUGAAGUCCUUCGUCUGUGGUGACUGUGGCCAGAGCUUCAAACAGAGGUGUAAUCUCAUCCGGCAUUGCCGCACCCACACCAGUGAGAGGCCAUACAGCUGUGCUGAGUGUGGCAAGACCUUCGCUCACAAGUCUGCCCUCACCCAGCACCACAGUGUGCACAGCACUGAGAAGCCCUUCAGCUGCAGGGACUGUGGCAAGAGCUUCAAACACAGCUCCUAUCUCACCAUCCAUCGCCGCAUUCACACUGGAGAGCAUCUGUUCCCCUGUGCUGAGUGCGGCAAAAGCUUCACCACGAGCACUGUAUUCAUCAAGCACCAACUCAUCCACAGCGGUGAGAAGCCGUACAGCUGUGCCCACUGCGGCAAGAGCUUCAGCUGCAGGAGCAAUCUCAGUCGCCACCGCCGCACCCACACCGGCAAGAAGGCGUUCACCUGUGCUGUCUGUGGCAGGAGCUUCACCCGGAAGGGACACCUCAACAAGCACCGCUGCACCCACACCAGACAGCAGCCUGCCCUGCAGGGGAGGCAUAAAUCCACUUAG